GAUGAGUGUCUCAGGCCACAGUUGUCUCAGUACCACAGACCAAGCUGUCCUUAAUGGACAGGCAAGACCAGCCUCCUCUCAUCAGGAGAAAGAAGAAAAGCUCCAGUGAAAUCUAUCGCCUUGGGGAGGCUUCAAACUGACCAAGCAUUGGAAAGAAAGCAAGAACACAGGUUUCCUGUGUCUCCCUCCAGCCUUCCUACUACAAGCAACGAGCGUGUGGAGACCGCUCAAAUAUGUCAGAGACGUCCUCCCACGACUCCUUCUAUGAUUCCUUAUCAGACAUGCAGGAAGAGGGCAAAAGUGCUGACUUCUUCCCAGGGCUCUCCGCUUUUCUCAGUCAGGAAGAAAUAAACAAAAGUCUUGACUUGGCCCGCAGAGCAAUAGACAACUCUGAACCUGAAGAUUUUGACUCGGAAAAGGAGAUCUCGCAGAUUUUCAGCCAAUCUCCUGUAAGCCUCUGCGAAACUCCUUCCCACGAGGAGACCAAAUCCAGCGAGCAGACUCCCAGGGAAGGACCUCAGCAUAACAGGCCAGCACCUGUCCAGCCCCUGGCGGGAGAGCAAGCUGAAGGGAUCACUUCCCCAGCUUCAAGAAGGAAACCUGGAGUAUCACCCCUGCUGGCCAGCCCCAGCUACAUCCGGAGCCUCCGCAAGGCUGAAAAACGAGGUGCAAAAAUUCCCAACCCAAAUGCAAAGCCCAAAGUUGCCCAGCAAAGCAAAGCCGGCCCCCAGAGCCAACUGUGCGACAAGGCGGCUAGCUUCAUUGAGGAACUGACAUCCAUAUUUAGAGAAGCAGCCAAGCCAAGAAACAGGAGUCCAAAUGGUGAGUCCUCGUCACCAGACAGUGGGUAUCUCUCUCCUAAAAAUCAGCCAUCAACUCUUAUGAGUGCCUCUGCCAGCCAGAGCCCCACUGGAGACCAGCUAGACCAACAGGAGUUGGAAGUAGAGGUCAAGCUAGCCCAGGGCAGCCUCUGCUACCAGGCCCGUCAGAGUCCCGAAGAGGCCUUGCCACACACCCACGUCCCUCACCCAGAGCCGCAGAAAGCCCGCAACUUGUCCUCUGCACCUCGGUUCAUCCAGAAGCUGAGGAGCCAAGAAGUCGCCGAAGGAAGCAGAGUUUAUCUGGAGUGUCGAGUCACGGGAAACCCAACUCCCCGAGUCAGAUGGUUCUGUGAGGGAAAGGAGCUGUACAACAGUCCUGACAUUCAGAUCCGAGGCGACGGAGGGGAGCUGCACACCUUGGUCAUUGCUGAGGCCUUUGAGGACGACACAGGUCGCUACACGUGUCUGGCUACAAACCCAAACGGCUCAGAUACUACAUCCGCAGAGGUGUUCAUCGAAGGAGCCAGUUCGACAGACUCUGACAGUGAAAGCUUACCUUUUGUAUCAAAAGCUGGAGCUAUGCCACAAGCUCAGAAGAAAACCACCUCUGUUUCCUUGACCAUAGGAACCUCAUCUCCCAAGACAGGAGUGACCACAGCUGUGAUUCAGCCCUUAUCUAUUCCUGUGCAACAGGUUCACAGUCCGACUUCGUAUCUCUGCCGACCCGAUGGAGCCGCCACGGGCUGUCUUCUUCCUGUUUUUACUAAGGAACUACAGAACACAGCAGCCUCCGAGGGCCAGGUGGUGGUCCUGGAGUGCCGAGUCAGGGGAGCACCCCCGAUGCAGGUCCAGUGGUUCCGGCAAGGCAGUGAAAUCCAAGACUCUCCAGACUUCAGGAUUCUCCAGAAAAAACCUAGAUCAACAGCUGAACCCGAGGAGAUCUGCACCCUUGUCAUUGCUGAGAGCUUUCCUGAAGAUGCAGGCAUCUUUACCUGCUCAGCCAGAAAUGACUACGGAUCAGUGACCAGCACUGCUCAGCUUGUUAUCACUUCAGCCAACCCUGAGAACUGUAGCUAUGACUCAGUGGGAGAGCCCAACAGUGAUCACGACCAACACUUUCCACCUCCCCCUCCAAUCGUGGAGACAGGUUCCUAUGAGCUGGCAUCCCAGAAGCCAUCUGAAAUCCAGCAGGUGAACAGCCCCGACUUCGGACUCAACACGGCAACACUUCAAAUGCAAUUCAACUCUUCGGAGAGGGAGACCAAUGGAGUUCAUCCCAGCCAUGGAGUCAAUGGACUGAUUAAUGGCAAAACUUACGGCAAUAAAUCUCCUCCAACACCCGCUGCCCUGCUUUCGCCCACUAAGGAACCACCACCUCUGCUUGCCAAACCCAAACUGGAUCCUCUGAAGCUUCAGCAGCUGCAGAACCAAGUGCGCUUGGAGCAGGAGGCGGGCGCCUGGCCCCCGGCGCCCCCGGGUCUCCCUUGCAACAGCAGCAACAGCAGCGGCGGCAGCAGCAGCAGCGCGCCCCCGUCGCCGCCCUUCCCGCCGCCGCCGCCCGCCUUCCCCGAGCUCGCGGCCUGCGCGUCGCCGGUGCCCGCGGAGCCCAUGAGCGCGCUGGCCUCCCGCGCCGCCACCAUGCAGUCCUCCGGCUCCUUCAACUACGCUCGCCCCAAGCAGUUCAUCGCGGCGCAGAACCUGGGCCCGGCGUCGGGGCUGGCCACGCCCGCCUCCAGCCCCAGCUCGUCCAGCCUGCCGUCGCCUCUGUCCCCGACGCCCAGGCCGUUCGGCCGCGCGCCCGGGCCACCCUUCGGGGAACCCGAGGCCAUGUGGGGCCCGUCCUCGCCCUCGCCGCCACCGCCACCGCCGCCCGUCUUCAGUCCCUCCGCGGCCUUCCCGGUGCCCGACGUGUUCCCGCUGCCGCCGCCGCCGCCGCCACCGCUGCCCAGCUCCGGCUCGCACUGCGCCUCGCCCGCCCGCUUCGGCCCCGGCCAGACGCCCGCAGCCUUCCUCAGCGCCCUGCUGCCCUCGCAGCCGCCGCCCGUCGCUGUCAACGCCCUGGGGCUGCCCAAGGGCGUCACCCCCGCGGGAUUUCCAAAGAAGGCCAGCAGAACUGCUAGAAUAGCGUCUGAUGAGGAGAUCCAAGGCACCAAGGAUGCUGUCAUUCAAGACCUGGAACGGAAACUUCGCUUCAAGGAGGACCUUCUCAACAAUGGCCAGCCGAGGCUGACAUAUGAGGAAAGGAUGGCUCGCCGCCUGCUCGGUGCAGACAGCGCCAAUGUCUUCAGCAUCCAGGAGCCCGAAGAAACAGCAGCCAAUCAGGACGUUGGAGCUCCACGGGCUUCUGUAGGGAGUCCUCUGGAUGGUCAAAAGGAGUACAAAGUCUCCAGCUGUGAGCAGCGGCUGAUAAGUGAGAUCGAGUACAGGCUGGAGCGGUCUCCUGUGGAUGAGUCGGGGGACGAGGCGCAGUAUCCGGAUGUGCCUGCAGAAAGCGCAGCCGCGCCCUUCUUCGAGAUGAAGCUGAAACAUUACAAGAUCUUUGAGGGGAUGCCUGUGACGUUCACGUGUCGAGUGGCUGGGAACCCGACGCCAAAGAUCUAUUGGUUUAAAGACGGCAAGCAGAUUUCCCCAAAGAGCGAUCACUACACCAUUCAGAGAGACCUUGAUGGGACCUGCUCCCUCCACACCACGGCCUCUACCCUCGACGACGAUGGGAACUAUACAAUCAUGGCUGCCAACCCUCAGGGCCGUGUCAGCUGUACAGGGCGGCUCAUGGUGCAGGCUGUCAACCAAAGAGGCCGCAGCCCUCGCUCUCCCUCAGGCCAUCCUCAUGCCAGAAGGCCUCGCUCUCGAUCGAGGGACAGUGGCGAUGAAAACGAGCCCAUUCAGGAGCGAUUCUUCAGGCCUCACUUCCUGCAGGCGCCUGGAGAUCUGACUGUUCAGGAAGGCAAGCUCUGCCGGAUGGACUGCAAAGUCAGUGGGUUACCAACCCCAGAUCUCAGCUGGCAACUGGAUGGGAAGCCCAUCCGCCCUGACAGUGCUCACAAGAUGCUGGUCCGUGAGAAUGGAGUACACUCCCUCAUCAUUGAGCCGGUCACGUCCCGGGAUGCCGGCAUCUACACAUGUAUUGCCACCAAUAGAGCAGGACAGAACUCUUUUAACCUGGAGCUUGUGGUUGCUGCUAAAGAAGCACACAAGGCCCCCAUGUUUAUUGAGAAGCUGCAGAACACAGGGGUAGCUGAUGGGUACCCAGUGAGGCUGGAAUGCCGAGUUUUGGGAGUGCCACCACCUCAGAUAUUUUGGAAGAAAGAAAAUGAAUCGCUCACUCACAGCACUGAUCGAGUAAGCAUGCACCAGGAUAAUCACGGCUACAUCUGUCUGCUCAUUCAGGGAGCCACAAAAGAAGACGCUGGAUGGUAUACCGUGUCCGCCAAGAACGAAGCAGGCAUUGUGUCCUGCACUGCCAGGCUCGAUGUCUACACCCAGUGGCACCAGCAGCCACCAACCACCAAGCCAAAAAAAGUACGGCCCUCAGCCAGUCGCUACGCGGCCCUUUCGGACCAGGGACUAGACAUCAAAGCCGCCUUCCAGCCUGAAGCAGGUCCAUCUCACCUGGCGCUCAACAGCGGCUUGGUAGAAAGUGAGGACCUGUGACCAGCACCUCUGCUGAAGCCGAAUACCGAACGCCAUUGCUUCGACCAACAUACUCCUCUGUCACAUCAUGUAAAAGGCAGAAGUAGACUUUUGACUUUAAGAAAUUUAAAAAAAAAAAAAAAAACACCAAAAUCCUAUUUUUCUUACUUGAUAGGGAAUCUAAGUAGGUGAUGCUUAUCGAAAUGUACACGUUGCACAGAAAAUUCACAUUUGUUGUCCAAGUUAAAACUUUUGGAAGUGUUGUGGUUAAAAUGGUCUAAAAUGCCAAAAGAAGGCAACUCUUCAAAGGUGACCACGAUUUAAGCGAUCUACAAGUGCCUUCAAACACAAGCUGUGGGUGCUGUAAUGUGGCGGUGUGAAAUGUUUGACAGAUACUAUGGUGACUCUCAAGGGCAGUGUCUACAGAUGGGUACCCUGAACCACGUGCAAUAGGGAAGGGUGGGAGAGUGAUGAGGAAUCCGAGUGAAUGCCUUGUCUUUGCAAACCGCUCCUGUUAAAUCAGAAAGAAGGAGUUCCUUGCCUUCGAUUUCAUCUUCAGUAUGAAGCUUACUUACAAUCCAUAGUAACUAAAAGGCUAAUUUAAACUUAAGCCACUUCAAUUGUUCUGGAGACAGCAGAUCUGUAUUACAGUCCAUUCCACAAGAGGCAUCCGAACCACCCAAGUGACCAAGGCAUGUAGUAUUUGGAGGCAACGGGUCUGGAAGGCAUGGGAAGAAGGAAGGAAGGAAUUGCUACUCACACAGGGAUCUCAUAUCCAUUUAGAGGAAAGCAUCAGGGGUGGGCCAGGCUCCUCGUCGGUUUUCUUCUAAACCUUAAAAACAUAGAUGCAAAGACACUGCUGUGAGUCAGCCCAGGGCUCCAGGGGUCAUCUGGAAGUCUGGAGCGCAUGAGCGGUGGCGACUUCCAUGUAGCUGAAGUGUGUCGUAGUUGAUGAUGUUAGUGUGUAGAGUAAGUUGGACUUGGGUUGAGACUGCAAGGAUGGCGUAAGGGAGAAGUAGCUAAUAGGGUCUAGUCUGCCAGAGGGCAGUGGAGACGUGAGAGACAGAAACCAGCUUGUGCUACAAUGAGUUUCUUUUCCGUUGGCACUAAGAGGUGGUGAACGGAAAUUUCUAGUUCCCUUCACUUCCCUGAUGCCACGGAACCGAGCCUGAGGAAGGGCCAGGCUCUGAGCAUCUACAAGGCCAAGCUGCAAAGACCUGCUUUUGCAUGCACGAUUCUGCCUCGGCUAAAUGGAGUUGAUUCUGACCAGACUUGAUAACUUGAAGUCGGAACCAAUACUUUCCCUUGUUAGCGAGAGAAAAUAAUUUGGCCUGAUAGUACGAAACAUGAGGCUUUAAAGGUACUUUGCUACGAAAAGAAGACACUGUGUUCCUCGUGCGAAACGCAUCUAUUGUUCAUUAUUUAUAAAAGUGUGGAACUUUCUUAGCUCAGUUACUCCAUUCAUACAUAGUACUUCUUAAACCAAUUUUAUACCUGUAACCACCCCAUAUAUUUUGUAUUACUGCUUCACAUGUACAGCUUUCUACUUUUGUAAGAACACCAACCAACCGAGUUUUAGCAGGCUUGAGCACAGGGUGGCAGGUGUCCUAUAGAGUGUGGUGCCAGUCUCUGACCACAGACACAUGGCUAACGGGGGAUUUAAGUAACCAUGCAGGGGCCUACGGACCUAGCUCUGUUUAGAAUUGUGACCCAUAUUAUAUCAUACUUGCCAAAUUUUUCUGAAUGUGACUUUUUUUUUUUUUUUUUUUUUUUUGCUAAUUUGCUGGGCUUGGGAUUAGCUAGCAUUCUUUUGCCGCCUUUUAUGUUGUAUUUAUGAAAAACAAAACAAAACAAAAAAAAGUACUCCCAUACUUUGGAUUGUUAUGCUGUUGUAAUGUGGACUUAACAUCAAUAAAUAAAUAUUUAACGAACAGUAGUCGA